AUGCUACCUACAAAUCUGCUCACCGCAACCAUCGUGGCAUGUGCUCCCCUCGCAGCCGUGGCCGCCAUAAUCUCCCCACGGCAGUCGCAGGAAUCGGCCGUGCCGUCCGAGUGCAUCGCCGCCGUGGUCCAGGCACCCCCUCUACCCCCGUUUCUCUCCUUCACCGAUGUCGAGAUUCCGACGGUCGCCGGCGAGCCCAUCAUGGUCAGCACCGUUGUCGUCACCGUGGGCCUGGAGACCGUGACCGUUCGGGAACCGGCGCAGGUCCCGACGGUGGUGGGCUCUGCCUCGUCGUCGAGGGAAUCUUCGAUCGCCGCCCCCGCCACGGCUCCAGUUUCCCCUUCUCCGACACCACCUGCAGCGUCUCCAACUCGGGUUGUCGAUUGCAAAACAGUUUGCAUAUGUGAUGAGAAAUCACCAGAGUAA